AUGGGAGAAUAUAACAUUACUCAUAUAAUAGAAAUAAAUUGCUCCAAAGAAAAAUACAGUAAUAUUUUAUAUAAAUGUUUAUCAAGUGAUGAAUCACUGAAGCAAAAUCAAAUGUUUAAACAUGCAAUUGUAUAUGGAAACAAAAUAAAAAUAGAAUUGCAGAGUAAUACAUAUGAAGAUAUAAGAUAUAAAGCUAAAAACAUAUACGAUUAUUUACAUUUUUUUUUUAAAACUGUAGAAACAUUUGCCUAA